AAAAUGUUUUUUUUCUGCCUUUAAGUUAAUUAAGUUUCCUUUUAAAAACGUUGUACAUGCAUGUUGGUCACGAUCGCCGCGUUUGUAGUAACCCUAGUAUGGGCGGUCGUGACAGUCAUAAGUAUGACCGAUAUAAAAAGCAACCACAUGAAGAUUACAAUGAAGUUGAUGAAUCUGAAUCCGAAGAUGAUGAAUCUGAAUCCGAAGAUGAUGAUCCUGAAGAUGUAAAAGCUUUGAAGAUGAAAGAUCAUGAGGAAGAGGCGACAACAAGUGGAAGUCAAGAAAAGACAUUCAUAGAUCAAUGGAAGGAAGCUGUCAGGGAUUGUAAAGAGUCAAUGUUGAAUAUGCUUGAUGUCCUUCAAGGAGUGCCGGGUGAACUAAGGAAGCUUGAUAGCUUUAAGAUAAUAUGUGAUUCGACAAGAAACGCAAUGGGAGUGAGAGAGGAAGGUGUGCAGAAUGUUACAGAAAGUCAGAAAUCAAUGUCACAUACUAUGAGCAAUGACGAAAUUGAUGAUCCUGAAUGGAUCAAUAUCAUGAUUGAGCUGACUAAAGCUGCUGAGAGGGAAUUUAUUCUGAAAAAUAGGAAUGAGUUCCCUACCUUCACUCCCAUACCCGAAUAUGACCAAACUCCUGAUGAGAAUGAAAAUUUUAAUCGGAAAAAGGAUAUGGAGAAGGAAAAACUUCCAGAGAAGGAAAUGGCUAAUAAAGCAGCUCGAGAAGAGAAGAAAAAAGUUCCAGAGAAAUAAGUUGAAUUGUCUCUCAAUGAUGAAUUUGAGGACGAAAUAGCAUGUGCCAUAAUAUCCAAUGUCAUGGAGGAUAUACAUGGUGAAACCGGAGAUGAUGAAGUUUUAAAAGAGAGGGAAGAAGUUUUGGAAAAGGCCAAAGGUAAGAAGAAGGUUUCCAAAGAACCUCCUGUUGAAAAGGAGAAAGUUGCCAGAACCACAAAGAAAAUUGUUGAAGCACUGUGCUCUCCCUACAAUGUCAGAGCAGUAAGUAUAAAAGGAAAACUGAGUAAAGAAGAGAAGGAAAUAAUGUACUGGUUGAUGAAACAUGAAGAAAGCGAAUAGUAAGUUUUGAAUUACAUAAUUAUAUUCUUAUUAAAUUCUUUUAACUAACAUUAAAUAUGAUUUUGAAAUCAGU